GAUAAACGAGAGGCCCGAAAUCGUUAGCCUCAAUAUCUCCCGACUAUGGAAGGAGCGAGUGUGAAUACCUUAUCCCCUUCUAUCUAUCUAUAGAUAAUCUAUCUAUCUAUCCCUCUCCUAUAUAAUCUCUCUAUCCACUAUUUCCUUCACUCUCUCUCUCUCUCUUUACGCUUCCUCUCCCUUUCUCUCAGCGUUAAUUGCAGAAGCAGAAAGCACAUCAGUUAGGUGUAUCUACUAUUCAAUCUCUAUCUAUCGAUAUCUAAGGCACAGAGAAUCGAAGAAGAAGAAGAAGAAGAAAAGGGAACGCAAUCUUCUCUGAUUCGGUUUUCUUUCUCUUCAAUCAAUUUCUUUUGUCAUUGUUCGUUUCAAUCCAUUCCGAUUGAAAUGCAAAUCUAAUUCAAUCUCUGAAGUUCUUAUGUAGAAGAAAAAAAGAAGGAAUUGACCUCUCUGUUAUUCGGUUCGGCAUCUCUGCUCCUUGUAAGAAUCGCAGAGAACGUAGUAGAUUUCUGUAUUGCUAGAAUCGGUCUUUAAUUUGAAUCGGCUUUAAUCCGUACUGGAUGAGCGAUGGCUCCGAAGACAGGGAAAGCGAAACCACAUAAAACGAAAGGAGAGAAGAAGAAGAAGGAAGAGAAAGUUUUGCCAACGGUGCUGGACAUCACUGUUGAGACGCCGGACUACUCGCUUGUCACGCUUAAGGGGAUCUCAACGGAUAGGAUAUUGGACAUUCGGAAACUUUUAGCGGUCCACGUCGAAACGUGCCAUUUGACCAAUUACUCCUUUUCUCACGAGGUCCGAGGCUCCAGAUUGAAAGACUCGGUGGAAAUCGUCUCCGUCAAACCUUACCACCUCACCGUUGUAGAAGAGGACUACACGGAAGAACUCGCCAUCGACCAUGUCCGACGACUUCUAGACAUCGUUGCCUGCACAACCUCCUUUGGCUCUUCUUCGUCUUCUCUCAAAUAUGGUGGACGAUCGAGCCCAAAAGAAUCCGGUUCAGCCAGUCCAAAGGAACCCAGCUCGAAUGGUGGCGAAGCCUUGGACGAUUCAUUUGCAGACAAUGGUGGUGAAUCCAGUUCGAAAAUCAAAGCAGGGAGGAAGAAUUCAAAUGGUACCAGUAAUGGAAAUCAAGAAGGGGGAAGAGGCACUAAUGUUAAUGACGAAGGAAAGUCGGAGGCUAUGGUUGCCAUGGAUGCUGCGACGGAGGGAACGGACAAGGGUGAUAUUGCGUCGAUGUGCCCUCCACCAAAGCUGGGCCAGUUCUACGAUUUCUUCUCGUUCUCGCAUCUUACACCGCCGGUGCAAUACAUUAGGAGGUCUUCCCGUCCGUUCCUUCAGGAUAAAGCCGAAGAUGAUUUCUUUCAAAUUGAUGUUCGGGUUUGUAAUGGGAAACCAGUGACAAUCGUUGCUUCCCGAAAAGGUUUUUAUCCUGCAGGGAAACAGCUUCUAAUUAGUCAUUCCCUGGUUGGUUUGCUGCAGCAAAUUAGCCGGGCUUUUGAUGCUGCUUACAACUCCCUCAUGAAAGCUUUCACGGAGCACAAUAAAUUUGGGAACCUUCCUUACGGUUUCAGAGCAAACACGUGGGUUGUUCCUCCCAUUGCUGUGGAUAACCCAUCUACUUUUCCCCCUCUUCCCGUGGAAGAUGAAAACUGGGGAGGAAAUGGAGGUGGUCAAGGCAGAGAUGGAAAGCACGAUCACAGGCCAUGGGCAAGGGAGUUUUCAGUUCUGGCCGCUAUGCCUUGUAAGACGGCAGAGGAAAGACAAGUUCGAGAUCGAAAAGCCUUCUUACUUCAUAGCCUAUUUGUCGACAUUUCAGUCUUUAAAGCUGUUGCAGCUAUAAAGCAUCUUAUUGACAGUGAUAAAUGCUCUCCAAAUUGUCCUGCUCCUUUGCACGAGGAAAAAGUUGGUGAUUUGAGGAUUUCAGUGACAAGGGAUGCACCUGAUGCAAGUACAAAGUUGGCUGGCAAAAAUGAUGGAAGUCAUGCUCCAGGAAUGACACUCAAGGAGCUCGCACAGAGAAACUUAUUGAAAGGGAUAACUGCAGAUGAGAGUGCUACAGUUCAUGAUACUGCUACUUUAGGUGUUGUGGUAGUUAGAUAUUGUGGAUACACAGCUGUUGUGAAAGUUCCAGUUGAAGUUAAUUGGAAGGGUAGCCCUAUGCCUCAGGACAUUGAAAUUGAGAGUCAAUCUGAUGGAGGUGCCAAUGCCUUGAAUGUCAACAGCUUGAGAAUGCUACUACACAAAGUGCCUGCACCUCAAACAUCAAGUGGAAUUCACCGGUCACAUAAUGCAGAUGUUGAAGAUUUAAGAUCUUCUAGGUCUUUUGUACGAAAAGUACUAGGAGAUAGCCUGGCCAAGUUGCAAGAAGAAACCAAUAAAGAGAGGAAGUCUAUCAGGUGGGAGCUUGGAGCAUGCUGGGUGCAACAUUUGCAAAAUCAGGCUUCAGGGAAGAUUGAGUCCAAGAAAACUGAAGAAGCUAAGGUUGAACCAAUUGUCAAGGGUCUUGGGAAACAAGGUGGGCUUCUCAAGGAAAUUAGGAAAAAGAUAGAUGAGAAGAGCAGCAAACAUGACCAGGCAAAGGAAAGUCCUAUGUGUAAUGGAGACAAGAGCAAGAAAUCAGAUACAUCUGAUAAUAAGGAAUUAGAAAAACAAGAUUUGGAAAAGGAAACGAUGUUGAAAAAGUUGCUCUCUUUAUCAGCAUUCCAACGUCUGAAAGAAUCAGAAACUGGUCUUCACCUCAAGUCACCAGAUGAAUUGAUUGAGAUGGCACAUAAAUACCAUGCUGAUAUUGCACUUCCGAAGCUGGUUGCAGAUUUUGGCUCCCUCGAACUUUCCCCAGUUGAUGGGAGGACAUUAACUGACUUCAUGCAUACCAGGGGCUUGCAAAUGUGUUCACUGGGACGGGUGGUUGAUCUUGCAGACAAGCUCCCUCAUAUACAGUCACUCUGUAUACAUGAGAUGGUUGUUCGAGCUUACAAACGUAUACUACAAGCAGUUGUUGCAGCAGUUGAAGAUGUAGGUGACUUGGCUGGAUUUAUAGCCUCAUGUUUGAAUAUCUUGCUUGGACCUCCUUCCACUGAAAGCAUUUCUGCAGACAUAAGUAACGAUGAUAUCCUCAAAUGUAAAUGGGUAGAAACCUACCUCUUGAAAAGGUUUGGAUGGCGUUGGAGAGAUGAAAGGUGCCAGGAUUUGAAGAAGUAUGCCAUUCUUCGUGGGCUAUGCCACAAGGUGGGACUUGAGCUUGUUCCUAGGGAUUAUGAUAUGGACACUCCAUCUCCUUUUAGGAAAUCAGAUAUUAUUAGCAUGCUCCCAGUAUAUAAGCAUGUAGCAUGCUCAUCAGCAGAUGGGCGCACUCUAUUGGAAUCAUCCAAGACUUCAUUGGACAAAGGAAAGCUGGAAGAUGCUGUUAAUUAUGGUACUAAGGCACUCUCGAAGCUUGUGGCGGUAUGUGGUCCUUACCAUCGAAUGACAGCAGGAGCAUAUAGCCUUUUGGCUGUAGUGUUGUACCAUACUGGGGAUUUCAACCAGGCAACCAUCUAUCAGCAAAAGGCGUUGGAUAUCAAUGAGAGAGAACUUGGCCUUGAUCAUCCAGAUACAAUGAAAAGCUACGGGGAUCUUGCUGUUUUCUACUAUCGGCUUCAACAUACAGAAUUGGCCUUGAAGUAUGUCAAUCGUGCUUUGUAUCUUUUGCAUUUAACUUGUGGGCCCUCACAUCCAAAUACGGCUGCAACCUAUAUUAAUAUUGCAAUGAUGGAAGAAGGCCUGGGAAACAUUCAUGUUGCUCUUAGGUACCUACAUGAGGCUCUAAAGUGUAACCAAAGGCUGCUGGGAGCAGACCAUAUACAGACUGCUGCCAGUUACCAUGCCAUUGCAAUUGCUCUGUCUUUGAUGGAAGCAUACUCAUUAAGUGUUCAGCAUGAACAGACCACUUUACAGAUACUACAGGGCAAGCUUGGAUCAGAAGAUCUCCGUACUCAGGAUGCUGCUGCAUGGCUUGAGUACUUCGAAUCCAAGGCCCUUGAACAGCAGGAAGCUGCACGCAAUGGUACCCCAAAGCCGGAUGCCUCUAUAGCAAGCAAAGGUCACUUAAGUGUGUCCGACCUUUUAGAUUACAUAAACCCAGAUGCUGAUCUGAAAGGGAGAGAAAACCAAAAGAAGCAAGCCCGAGCAAAGAUCAAAGGAGGACAGUGUCACAACCAUUGGGACACAGCCGCAGAUGAAUAUCAGAAGGAUGAAGCAUUUUCACAGACUUACCUUGUGACGGAGACCUACAGUGACAAGGAAAACAAAACAGAAGCUCAGUUUGUGGAGUCUAAUGAUGAUAAACCUAUCAUUAGUCUUGUCGAUGGGUCCGCACUGAACCAUCAGGAUGACCAUCCAUCACAGCAAGAUACUUCUGAUGAAGGAUGGCAAGAAGCUGUUCCAAAGGGUCGACCCGCAGGUCGUAAGUCCUCCGGAUCAAGGAGGCCAAGCCUAGCAAAGCUGAAUACAAACUCCAUAAAUGUCUCAGAAUCCGCAAGAUACAGAGGAAGGCCCACCAAUUUUCAAUCCCCAAGAACAUCUCAAAAUGAGGCUCCUGCUGCUACAGCUCCUGCUGUUCCUGUUCAGAGGAAGUUAGUAAAGAGUUCAAGCUUCAGUCCAAAGCUUAAUAACUCUGCCACUUCAGGCAUAGCUGCAGAAAAAUCUUUGUACCCAAAAUCAGCCACAGCAAGCCCUGCUCCCACCGGGCAACCCCCAAAAUCUGGUUCUCUGACCAGUCCUAUCAGUGUUCAAUCAGCUGGAAAGCUCUUCUCGUACAAAGAGGUUGCAUUGGCUCCACCUGGGACAAUAGUGAAGGCUGUAAUGGAGCAGCUACCGAAGGGAAAUCCUACUGAUGAGCAUAAUCCUGAAGAAAGCAAGGAAAAUGCUGUAAUUGAAUCAACUCAAAUUGAGGAGAAGCCGGUAAAGAUUGGAGAUGAGGAAAAGGUUCAGAAUCCCAUGGAGGUUGCAUUGGCUCCACCUGGGACAGUAGUGAAGGCUGUAAUGGAGCAGCUACGAAAGGGAAAUCCUACUGAUGAGCAUAAUCCUGAAGAAAUCAAGGGAAAUUCAGUAAUUGAAUCAACUCAAAUUGAGAAGGAGACAAUGGUAAAGAGUGGAGAUGAGAAAAAGGUUCAGAAACCCAUUGAGGGAGAGCAUCUGCCACUGGUUUCUUGUGAGGAAGUAAAGGAAUCUGUCAUCGGAAAUAAAGAAGCAGAAGUGAGCGAUGAUGCAGUAACCAAUGCUCAAAAAGAAAUAAAAGGUGUUUCUGUUGAAGAAGAAACAGUCGUUGGUGGGAAAGUUGCCGCUCUUUCUGAUAACGCUGAUUCUUUGAAGGUUCCAAAUACUACUGUCGCUGAAUCUGAAACUUCGGGUACCGGAAGCACCUUGAUGGAACAAUCAGUUACUUUAUCUGAUUUGGAACCUCAGUCCGUUUCAAGAGAAGAUAUAAUGCAGUCAGGAGGAGAAGAUGCAAGCACUGUUGUUGAAAAGGUGGCAGAGACAAGUGAAAGUCCAAAAGCUAUAUCAAAUGGAAGUGAGAAUGGGAAGCCUUCAUUAGCAGGAGAAAAGCAGGUGGAAGCUGAAACUGGGAAGGAUACAGCUAAAAAACUUUCUGCAGCAGCACCUCCAUUCAACCCGUCCAUGGUCCCUGUCUUUGGCUCAGUUCCUAUGCCAGGUUUCAAAGAUCAUGGUGGAAUUUUGCCUCCGCCUGUUAAUGUCCCCCCUAUGCUGACUGUUAAUCCUGUCCGUAAGUCUCAUCAGUCAGCAACGGCCAGGGUUCCUUACGGACCCCGUCUGUCAGGAGGCUAUAACCGAUCUGGAAAUCGGGUCCUCCGCAACAAACGUGGUCUCCAGAAUGAUGAACAAGCUGGGGAUGGGAAUCACCUUAACCAUCCUAGAAUAAUGAAUCCACAUGCAGCUGAGUUCAUACCAGGGCAACCAUGGGUUCCAAAUAGUUUUCCAGCUUCUCCACAUGGCAUUCUGGUCCCAUCUAAUGGCCUUCCAGAAUCUCCUAAUGGUUCUCCAGUGUCUCCUAAUGGUACACCAGUGUCUCCAAAUGGUUAUUUUUCAGUGUCUCCUAACAGUUCACUUGAAUCUCUAACAGUUGAAGUGGAUGGAAAGAAAACCGAAAUUGAGACAGAAGAGAAUGCUGGAAAGCGAAAGCCUUCACUGGAAGGGAAUGAGGAGAGCGAAAACCUGCAAGAUGAGCAAAAGAAGCAAAAACGUCCAUCUGUAGAUUCUGAGGAGGAAAAUCAUGAAGUAGAGCAAGAUCCUACGGCUACAGUUGCUGUUCCUGAGGAUAUUGUGGUUACGAAAGAUUCUUGCAGCAAGUUAAGAGUGGAGGAGAAGCCAACCAAGUGUUGGGGAGAUUACAGCGACAGUGAAGUUGAGGUUAUUGAGGUGAAGAGUUAAAAAGGAAGAUCAUAACUUUUCUAGAGAAAAUUAAGCUCAUUUUCUAUGCAACUUAACAGAUGGUUGGUGAACACGAAGAAGAGAGAAAGAUCAACAGAGGUGUGGCGAUUUUGUUGCAGGAAAUGGCCAUCGAAGGGCAGAGAAUUGAGUUGGUUCUCUUUGCUAACAGAGUUUCAUGGAAGUUGAGCAAUUCAAUGAACUUUCAUGUUCCCAUUAGAUUUUGUGGUAGAGACUUGAGGAGAUCCGGCAAUAGGUACGUUUCAAGUCAUAACAAUGGUAAGUGGAAGAACUCUACCGGAUAGCUGAAGAUGCAAUUUAGUCGAUUAUGCUGAGAGUGUCAGGUUCCUCUCUUUGUUUUAUGCUUCGAAUUCAUGUUGGUUGUCCAAGUAUACAAAACAAAGUGUUAAGGAUCUAGUUUCUCUACAGGUAAAUCUCCAUUUGAGGAGCUCUUUAAGUGGAAGUGGUGCUACCACUAACUGGGGCUUUUUACUUGCCUUUAGCCGAAGAGAAAUAAGGUAAAUACAAGAAGAUGAAUAAUUGCUUUAAUAA